AUGCACGAUGGGAUCAUUCCUUCCACCAGAAGUGGAGCUGGCACCGCACGCCAAGAACGAAACCAGCAUCAACACCACCAGCACCAACAGCACCGCCGCCGCCGCCGCAAUCGCCGCGAUCAACCGCAGCACCACCAGCGGCAGCGCGGCGCCUCUGAUGAAUCGGAGCUCUCGGACGCGUCGCCCUCUGCAAUCGCACGCGGCAAACGGGUCUUUGCGCACCAGAUUCGUGUGCAGGCCAUUCAGUGCGCACAGACCAUUGCGCUGCUGUGCCCGAAAAAGGUCUUGUUUCGCUACUGGCUCUCAUUCUUCCCAGAGUCCCUCGAAGAAACAGCACCGAGCGUGUACAACGUCAUUGCACGCGACCUCAUCCCCAAAGGUGAACCGUUCACCAAACACGUGCGCAGCUGCUGCCUCUGGUGCCUGAUCACAUGA